AUGGUGCAGCUGUCUCCUUCCCCCACCCCAGAUGUCAGCCCUCCACCUGAGCACUCAGUGGAGGAGGAUGAGGAGACACUGGAGGACCCUGCUGGUGGCCCAGAAGUGGGCUCUGCCAGUCGGUCCCUGCAGCUCAGCCUGGACGUCUCCGCCACCUAUCACGGCUAUGAAACCUACGUAAAAGAUGGCCUCAUCUGCCUCAAACACAAAGUCCGCAAUUUGGAGAAGAAAAAGCUGAAACUGAGAGAAUACAAGAAGAGGCUGAACCGGGGCGAGGCGCUCAACAAAGAUCAGAUGGUGGCCGUGGAAAAGUACGAUGAGGUGGUACAUAACCUGGAAUUUGCCCGGGACCUGCACAAAACACUUGACCGCUUGACUCAGAAUCUGCUGAAGACGCAGAAGAAGGUGGUGAAGAAGGAGCAGGUGGUGAAGGUGGAGGCCGAGAGGAGGCGCCUGACCACUGUGCUUCAGGUGCAGCACCUCCUCACCUGCCUUGAGCAGGAGCACGUUAGGAAAGACCUGCUGGCUGGACACAACCAGGCGCCUCUCAUCCCAGCUCAGAAGCUGCACAACCUGAGCCAGCUGGCUGCCCUGCUGGGAGUCAAGAGGGACCACAGGCUGAGCUUAGAGAAGCAGAUGGAGAAGGCAUCUCUGGUCUACCUGGACCUGCUGGAGGGGAAAGACAAGCCAGUGGCUGGAUCCUCAUUUAAGCUCUUGAAAGAAGACCUCUCCAUGUUGUUGAACUGCAAGUUCUUCAGUUGUCUUCCACCUCCUCCCAGCAAGACUCCUGAGGAACAGGAGCCCCCUGAGUGCUGGGAUGUGGAGAGCCCAGAUGGAUCCUCGGCACUACAAACGGCAGUCUCCAAACCGUGGAGAGGAGCUGCCACCUUCAUCCCCAAAGUUGUCCCAGUCACCUCCAAGAAACAGUCUGCUCACUCCAAACAGAGAAAAGAGACGAAAGCUAAAGGGGAGCAAAAUGCCAAAUCGGUGAUUCACAUGGACAUGCCUGUGGAGAUUUUCAACUCCCCGUCUGCCUUUCCCAAAGAUCCCAUUCUGAGGAAGCAGCACCUUGAGGACCUCAUGACAAAGAUCCACGGCUCGUUCAGUUUCAUGCAGGACUCUCUUCUAGAUGGUGAAAACUCCCCAACUCAGGGCCACCCCAGACUGAAGAGACGGCCAUCUGGAUCUCCCUCUCCUCUGGCUCGGGCUGGUUUGAGAAGCCCUGCUGAUGUCCUGCCCAAACCAAUGCAUUCCACCCCACUGCCUGCCAGGCUUAUGGAGUGCAAAGCCAGUCUAAACAAUGGGGAUCAGUGCCUGGAGACCUUCGACCAGGAGCUUUCUGCAAAGGACCUACCUCAUGAGCCACUGCACCUGGCUGAAAGAAAGGCGUUUUCCUCACCGCCACUGUACCGCAGGGAGUCGAGCAUCUCUGUCAGUCUGGAGGAGAAGAGCAGUCCUCGGACGCCAGUAAGUGAUUCAGGGAAGCAGUCCCCCUCUAAUGGGUUGGCGUCCUGCUCCUCUACCCCACCUCAGGGACGGAGUUUCACUACACCUCCAACCAGGCGAAGUCUCACCUCCACACAGUUUCAGAACAUCCCGUCAGUCUUCAAGGUGAACGCCUCCUUACCCCAGAAUGGGGAACCAAACUACAAACCAGACCCUGCAGCUUUCUCCAAGCCCAUGUACAGCACUGCCAGCACCCAAACACCACCUGAGUUUGCUCCCUCAGAAGAUGAGCUGCAGCCCGUGUAUCAGACAGAUUACACAUUGGGUAAUGGAGGACAGCUCUUCCUGUCCCCUGGCCAGUCAGGUGGAAGUGUGAGCCGACCCAGCCGGUCAUACAGCACCAGAGGAUCUGUGAGAGGAGGAUCUUAUAACCCCCAGGCUAACCUCAGGGAUUCUGGCCCUAUAGCCUAUACUACUAGA